AUGGCUGCCCUCAUAUUCCACAGUAACACAAAUUUAGGUGAAUAUCUCUCACGUACUAGUUGGUUCUCUUUCAUCAAAUCCACCUUUCAUACAACGAAUCGAAUUGCAUACGGUAGUUCCUGGCACAAUCUCCCCGGUGAUAUCGUUGAGAUGAUCGAGAAGCACUUAAGUACUGAAACUGAUCUCAUCCGCAUGAGCAGUGUUUGGAAGUGGUGGAGAGCGAACAAAGUCGGAAUGGCUGUUGAGAUUCCCUGGAAAAGCAGUUCCUGGCAUAAUUUCCCCAGUGAAAUCGUCGAGAUGAUCGAGAAGCGCUUAAGUACUCAAACUGAUCUCAUCCGCAUGAGCAGUGUUUGCAAGAAAGAGUUUAUAAUCCAAGGUUGCCAAAGUCAGCGAUUGGAAGGCAGUGUUGUGGCUGUUCCAAAGCUUCCACUUCUUUCCCUCACAACUAUCCCAUCUUUUGUGGAUCGGGAACUCGCCAUCACAUAUUUCGUUAAGAGUGUCAUGGUAUCUUCUGCUGAUGCUGCUGAAUGUAUAGUUGCAGCAAUUUUAGGCGACGACGAGGAUGAAGAUAUUGAUUAUGAUUAUCGUCUUUCUAGAUAUUGGCACACAACGGGAUUUGAAAUAUUCAAGAUCAAUCCUAACAAUGGAAAUUGUGAUAGGUUAAAUAACUUAGCUGAUCAUAAAGUAUUAUUUUUGGACGACAAUGAUGUGUCUUUUUCCGCCAGAGAUAGUGAUGGGAUUCAUGGGAAUUUCAUUUAUUUUGCCUCAUACCAUUUUCCUAGUAUUAAAGGGCAUUGUUGGCCGUCUCAUGAAUGUGGUGUGUUCUACUUAGAAGGAGGAAGGAUUGAACAUACUCUCCCGAAUAUGAAGCCUGGAGAAGGAAGAAGCUGGUUUACAGCAAAUUUUUAG